CUAUAUACACGCACGGGAUAAACAACUGGAAAAACAAGUCAAGCUUAUUCGAGAAGAUAGAAUCAAAACCCAAUAUAGUGGACAGACUCAAAGUCAAUUUUUUAAAAGACUUGUUUGAAUCGUUCGUUCGCGAUACAACUGUUAAGUUUGAUAUUCCUAAAGAUAUCAAGGAAUAUCUUCAUGAUUUACUUGACGGGGAUAUUGAAA